AUCUUCGACAUCAUGCUCCGCCUCGUCCACGCCCGUCGCCUGCGCCUGCCGCCGCUCGUCCGCGCGCACAGCCACGCGACACAUGCCCAAAGCGACGACGCCCUCAAGAUCACCCGUGUGGGCAUGUACGUCAACAUUGCGAUGGCCGGCUGCAAGGGCGUCGUCGGCUGCGCGGUCAACUCGUCGGCGCUCGUCGCGGACGCCGCCCACUCGCUCUCGGACCUGCUCUCGGACUUUGUGACGUUGUGGAGCGUCAAAGUCGCGCGCCUGCCACCCGACAACAACCACCCGUAUGGCUAUGGCAAGUUUGAGGCCGUCGGGUCGCUUACGGUCGGCGCGAUUUUGACGGGCGCGGGCGUCGCGAUGGGCUGGGACGCGGUGCACACACUGCAAGAAGCCAGCGCGCUCGUCACUGCGAACGGAGGCACGUGGAGCUGGGCGGCCGCGCAAGCAGCGCAGGAAGCGCUGUCGGCUGCCGAGCACGCGGGCCACUUGCACAGCGUAUUGGAUCUCUCGGCGAUUACCAGUCUCGAUACGACGACGCAAUGGGGCAUUGCCGCCGGCGCAGCGCUCGCCUCCAUCGGGGCCAAGGAGGCGUUGUACCAUGCGACAGUUCGCGUCGGGAAGCAGGCCAAGAGCAAGGUGCUGAUUGCCAAUGCGUGGCACCACCGUUCCGAUGCUAUCUCGUCGUUCAUUGCGCUCGGCGGUAUCUGCGGCACCAUGGCCGGCGUUCCCCUUGUCGAUCCGCUCGCGGGGGCCAUCGUGUCGUGCAUGAUCGCCAAGACGGGCGUCGACAUUUGCUUGGACAGUGUGCGCGAGCUCACCGACAAGAGCGUUGAAGACGAUAUCCUCAAGCUCCUUAAAGUCACGUCGAGUAAUGUCGAGGACGUCGUGUCGGUCAGCAACAUCCGUGCGCGUCGCAUGGGCCCGUAUACGCUGGUGGACCUCCGAGCCAACGUACAUGCCCGCACAAGCGUCUCGGCCGCCCAACAGGUCGCAGCGCGUGUCAAGUCGGAGAUUUUGCGCGAGCUGCCCGACGUCUCGGAGGUCCUCGUGCACAUUGACGUCGCCCACAACGAGAUGGACACUUCGAAUUGGGGCUCGGUGACGCCCGAAGAGACGAUGCGGCCGUACCGCGAGAUCAAGCGCGAUGUGCUCCACGCCGUGCGCAAGAUCCAUCAAGUCCAAGGCAUCACGCACGUCAACGCGCACUGGGUACCGCGCGACAACGUCACGUACGCGUCCGGCGAGACGGGGCUCGGGUAUGGUACCUUCCUCGACGUCGCCAUCGUCGUGAACCCCGACCUCUCGGUGCGCGACGUGCACAAGAUUGCGGCCCGCGCCCGCAAGGAAAUCGAAAGCAUCACGUAUGUGGUCGAGGCCGACAUCCACCUCGAGCUCUACGACGCCGAGACCACCAUCGACGACGGCAAGGACUCGCGGCUGCUCGCCGAGGCGCCGUGCUUCCGCGCGUGCCCGCAGGCCACCGCGCUGUAA